AUGUCUGAGGACGACGAAGGUAGGUGCAUCUUAAAAGAACAAAGUGUAUGCAAGGUGAGCCAGCAAGGUUGGGUUGCUAGGAACAGCGUGGAGGACAUCGCAGAGAUUCAAAAUUAUCGUUGCUUUGCUGAGCUCACUCGCCGUGUGACUCGAGGUGGUGUCUCAACGAGGACAAGCUCGAAGCCCGGCAAAAAAACAAAAACUAAGAAAGAGGGCGAAUUGACCAUGAUGCGAACCGGACACACGCAAGGGGGUAAAAAAGGGAAAGGCAAAAAAGGUAAAGAAACAGGAUCAGCCGGAAAGAAAGGAAAAGGCGAAUAG